AUGGCAGACUCUGCCUAUUCAUUCAGUUUAACGACCUUCAAUCCGUCUGGAAAACUGUUACAGAUUGAGUACGCACUUAACGCUGUUAAUACCGGAGGCAAGACGUCAUUGGGCAUUCGCUGUAAAAAUGGCGUGGUUAUUGCUACGGAGAAGAAAUUACCGACGAUUCUAGUGGAUGAAAACUCACACAAGAAGAUUGCAAUGGUCUCGGAGCCUGCAGGGAUCGUGUACAGUGGCUUGGGUCCGGAUUAUCGUGUCUUGGUGCGUAAAGCACGUAAAAAGGCUCAGAUUUACUUUCAAAAGUACAAAGAACACGCUCCUGCGAGUAUUUUAGUGCGUGAAAUUGCGGCGGUCAUGCAGGAGUUUACGCAAUCGGGUGGUGUCCGUCCGUUUGGUGUCUCGAUCUUGUACGCGGGCUAUGAUGACGACGGUCCUCAAUUGUAUCAGAUUGAUCCAUCAGGAGCUUAUUUUGGAUGGAAAGCUACGGCUAUUGGAAAAGAUUCGGUUAGCGCCAAGACGUUUCUUGAACGGCGUUACAAUGACGACUUGGAGAUUGAAGAUGCAAUCCAUACGGCGCUAUUGACACUUCGUGAAGGAUUUGAAGGCGAGAUGGAUGAAACUAACAUUGAGGUGGGGAUCAUCAAAGAAGAUAAGAAGUUCUAUGUCUUGACGCCGGCGGAGGUGAAGGAUUACUUGGAGCAAGCUGAAUAA